UUUGCAUAAGCACCCGUCUCGCGGCUGUGAUUGGGCGCUCGCGCGGCUUCAUCUGCAUCUCGCUCUCAUUGUAUGGAGGACGCCAGACUGUGUUUGGUUCUGCAUCUGGACGCCCCGCCCGGCUCCAUCCUUCAAGAAGCGGAGCGGCUUGUCGCCGUUCAAAGGUGGAGGGAACAAAAACACGCGGAGGGACGCUCGCGGCUGGGCGCGCGGCGGUAUCGUUAGAACGCUGAAGAAUAAAGAAAGUAUUCACACAGAAAAGAGCGUUGCCGGGCAGACUCGGUUCACAUCAGCAAGUUUCAUCAUUCUUGCUUGAAGGGAUGAAGCCGGAUGGGGUUACCAUGGAAACCGCAGAGCCUGCGGAAGUCACUGCAGCGUCCGAGCCAUCGUCGACGCAAGAAAACGUAGUUGAACAAGUCCCGUCCCAACUUGGGGCGCCAUCGGCAAACAGUGCACCGCACCAGGCUGCUCCAAAGACCAACGGCAAGCCGGUGACGGUCGACCCCAAAGUAAAAACCAAAACAUCUGGAAGCAGGACACAGUCUGCAGCCUCUGCAGGGGUUUCUGGAUCCAAUCCUAGACCAGGAACUAACUCACACCGUCCAGUCAAAGAUGUCAAACCUGCCGUACCGCCAGGCAAAAAACCUGCGGUGACGACUGCAUCAAAAACAACCGCUGCAGUUGUGCCUAAGAAACACGUGGGUGUAGCGGCAGUAUCCGCCCCCAGUAGGAACCCAACGCGAGCGCCUAUAGGAGCUGUUCGGCCUUCUGCUCCAACGGUACCAAACGGUGCCAAACCUGCAAACGUUAAUGGCACUUCAGGGAAAAAAACAGCAGCCAACUCGGCUAAUGGAGCUAAACCCAAAACUGCAGCUGCCCCUGCUCGGACACUGACUUCCACCUCUCCAAAACCUGGACCUUCAGCAACCACUAAGCCAGUUGGUGCUGCAGCUUCAAAAACCACGAGGACUGCAUCAGGUGUGUCUGCACCUCGAGCAUCCAAACCCACAGUAACCACAGCAAAGACUGCUGCUACCGCCACCACUGCUGGAAAACCAGCUGUUUCUAAAACCGCAGCAGCACCCCCUGCUGGCAGGACCACAGGAACACAGCCUGCUAAAGCUGCUGCUGCUAAGAAAGAUGUUGGUCGGCCACCUGCGGCUCCUGCAGCCAAGAAACCAGCAGGAGCUUCAGCGCUUCCUGCUGCCAAGAAGCAGGAAGCUUCUAAACCUGCAGCCGCGUCCAAGACCAGCGCCGUCCCCAAAGCGUCGACCGCAGCCAAAGCGGCAGAAGCCAAGUCCAAACCGCCUCCACCUGCAAAGCCCGCCGCCACAAAGAAACCUGCAGCUGCUGGGCGCUUCCCUCCGGCGAACAAGCCCCUCCUUUCUCAAACCCCUCCUGUUUCUCCAGCCAGCAAACCUGCAAAAAGUAGCACCCCCAAGGGGAAGGGCGGAGCGAAGCCCGUUCAGUCGGUGGCGCCUUUCAGCGCCACGAAGACGGCCCUCGCUGCCGUGUCUGCUCCUGCUGCACCAGAGCCUCCCAGCACCUCAGCCGCCGCUGCUAAUGACCCUGCAGCCGCCACUGAUGAACCUGCAGCCGCCGCCGCUGAUGAACCUGCAGCCGCUGCCACGGCGCCCUCGCCGCAGGAACCUCCCCAGACUGUGUCAUCAGAGGAGGCCCCCACCCUCCAGUCAGCCGCUCCUGCCUUACCGACGCCAGAGCAGAGCGCUUCUGUAGCCACGGAGCCCCCACCUGACCUGCAUGUCAUCGACAAAGCCCCGCCCACCUCUUCCUGCCCCCCUCCAGCACCGAGCGCCGUCACCCAGACGGCUCCUGCUGCCAAUCUGAAUGAAGAGGAGGAAGAGGAGGAGAAGGAGGGCAGCCAGCUGGUGUCUGUGUCUGAAAUGAGCGGGACCACGCAGCCCACCGAGGAGUCCCGCCCCGGCUCCGGCGGACCUGUGGGGGCGUCGGCCUGGAGAGCGGGUGGCGCCCUUCUGUCGGAGCUGGACUCUGAAGACGUGAGCGGCAGCCAGCAGGGGGCGUCGGAGCUGAGCGCCCCCGGUGUCCUGGAGGGAACGGAGAGCAUGGACGACCUGGGCGACGGCAGCCUGAAAGGCGCCAUGGACAUGGAAGGAGCCUCGGCGGGGUCACCGGACUUUGAGAAGGUCCCCGACAUACCGGUCAUCGACUUCGACGAGGACGAGGACGACAGCGACCGCGUGUGUGACAUGGACGUGGGCUCAGAGAAGACGGACGAACCACGGAGGCCGCGGCACGACAACGACGUGGACGAGGACGAGGAGGACGACGACGACGUGGAGAUGGCGAGCGAAGGGGUGACGGAGAGCGGGCUGGAGAGCUACGGGAACGCAGACGAGGACGACUUUGCUGAAGAUGAAAGGCUGGAUAACCUGAACAGAGAGGCUCCGCCUCCACCGCCUCCCCAGCUGCCCUCCGCCCCGGCUGCUCAGUGGGACCAACCAAACCCCUUUGCUGAUCCGUGGGCGGAGCCUCUCCGGCCCCAGCAGGUUCUGCAGCCUGCAGCGGCUGAGCCCCUGCUAGGAGACUGUGUGGCUCCGCCUCCAACCGCAGCUCAGGCGUGGUCAGACGCCGCAUCGUUUGAUCCUGAAAAACAAAAUGCUGCCAAAGCGGCAGAAAAGUGUCAGUCAGGAAAGCUGAACAACGAGUCCCGCACACCGGAAGACGACCUCGGCCGCGACGGGAAGCUCCGCCCUCCAGGUGAGCCAGCUGACGUAGAGGAAGGAGACAAGGAGGAAGAGGAGGAGCCUGAACCAGAGACUCUUCCUGCUGACGAAGUCCUGGGAGGCUCCGCGACGGCGCCCACCUCCGCCCCCUCCUCGUCCUCCACCACAGAAGACGAAGCGAGCGACACGGAGGGAGAAGCGCAGCUGGAGGACUCGCUGGUCACCGCAGCUGUGAUGAAGAUGCAGUUCGACGGCCAGCCUCUGACCCAGCGCUGCCUGUCCACGGUGGAAGAGGGGGUGGAGGCAGAGGAGUCGGUGGCCGCCGCCGAAGACGCCACUCCGCCCUCGGCCGCCUCGCUGGCGUCGUUCGGGUUCGACUCCGCGACCACGCCGUCGAACUCGAACGCCCAGUCGACCGGGGAGAGCUGCGUCCGGAGCCCCGGCAUCUUCUCGCUGGAGGAGCUCUCCGAGGAGGCCAAGGAGCCCCCCGCCGAGCAGCAGUAUAUGGAGUGCAGGAAGCAGGACGCAGACGCGGCCGAGGAGGUCUCAGCAGAAAACCCGGAUCCCCCGUCGGGCUCCCAGAACCCGGAGGAGAACCCGGAGAACACCCAGGCCCAGUAUUACUCGGCUAUCUGUGAAAAGACUGAUGACUCUGUAGCAGCUCUCCUCCCGCGGCGCCGGGAUCACGCGCCGUUCUCCAGAGCUUACUACGACAUGGUCAAGCUUCCCGACACGCCCAAACUGACGUGCGCCGACCUCCCGCCGCGGAGCCCUGCUAGGCAGGGGGCGAGCCCCCAGCUGCGCCGGCUGGAGCAGCACCAGCGGCAGCUGCUGGAGAUGCAGCACCGCCGGGAGCAGCAGAGCCGGCCGCUGGAGGAGGCCGAGCAGGAGAGGAAGAGGAGGGUGGAGGAGGAGGAGCGGCGGAAGAAGGAGGAAGCUGAGGAGGAGAUCAAGAGGAACAAGGAGGAGCAGCAGAGGAGGGAGCUGGAGCUGCAGCUGCAGCAGCAGCAGCAGGAGCUGCAGCAGCGGCAGCAGAUCAUGCAGUGGCAGCAGGAGCUGCAGCAGACCAACCAGGGUCAGGCGGCGCUCCUGUCUCCCUCCUCUGGACUCUGCACCAUCUAUGAAGCUCUGGAGAGCAGCGAGGAGGAGCAGGAGGAGGAGCAAAAACCAUCCGGACAGAGCGCUGAAAGAACGAAACCUGACCAGGAUAGAAGCUCCUCCUCUCCUCCAGACUCCACCCUUUCCUCCAGCAACCCCUCCCAGGAGGAAGACGUGUCCCCCCUCUGCCCCCCCGAGUCCCCGGACCCCCCCUCGGCUCUAGACCUGGACUGGGGGCAGAAGGUUGACAUAGUCCAGCAGCUGAUCAACCAGACGCUCCUGCUGAACGGAGACGGCUACUCCUGCUUGCUCCCUCUGCCGGGGGGGGCGGGGGGCACCCUGAGCCCCCUGGAGAGCAGCCUGUGGCCCGCCCUGCUGCCCCCCCUCACCCCGCCCUCCGCCACCGUCACCUCCGUCAGCAGCUUCUCCCCCGACGCCACGGGCAGCUCGGCACAGGGGGAGUGGACAGUGGUGGAGCUGGAGACGCACCACUGAGGACGAUGCUGCUACAGCUCCAGCUACAACUACACGUCAAACGCUCCAGUAAGAACAUCUCUCCAUGGAUGAAGGAUCCACGCCUCACAAAUGAUCGUUAAAACUUUUAAUGUGUAAAACGUGUCUACAUACAUGAGCUGAGGAUGACGGCAGGACGUCCAGGUGACCAACCUGCAGGUGACCAACCUGCAGGUGACAAACCUCCAGGUGACCAACCUCCAGCUUCAGUCGCCACAAAAACAUUCAUUUGAUGAACACGGUUUUAAAAGAAUGAAAAAUGUCCAAUUUAAACAAGAUCUUAAUCUAAAGUGGCUUAAACUCAUCAGAAAUGCAGUUGAGAUGUUUUCUUCCUGCACAUUUCUCUCAGUAUCCCAUGAUGCAUUGCUACAAACGGUUAACGGAGUUCCUGCAUCUUUUCUAAGUUUACAUCUUGCAGCCUUUUGAACAGACUGCGGAGUUCUAGUAUUGGAAGGUUUUAAUUAGUUUUUUUUUUUUUUGUCUGAUGAGUUGAGAUGAAAUAUUUCCGUUUGAAUCUGAUUCUUUAUUGAAGUUUUCCUGAAACCCA